GAUAGAACAAAUGCUAAUGUUAACAAAUGUAAAAAAAAAAACAUAUAAAAUAUAAGAAAUUAGUGAAACGUGUGUAUGACAGAAGAAAAGUAAUGUUUAAAUGGAAUGUCUGCUCUAAACCGGUCUACAAGUUCAAGCAAUGCUAUCAAGAGUCUACAAAAAGAGAAAACAGAACACAAAUGGAAGGAGCAACAUAUUUUCGAAAGAGAAAUGAUUCUUUUUGGGACAUCUUUAUUUACAUCGGGAUGGAUGUAUCCCCCUCCAUGACAUAAUACGUACAGCUACUACGAUGAAAUCGAGUUCGUGCAUCUUCGGAUUAUUUCGUCGGGACACAUCUCGGGGCCUAAGUUCAGUGAUUUACGUUUCAAUAUUAUCAAAAUCCACCAAAUAAUAGAGUAUUUUCGAUACAGAUUAGGCACAUUUUCGAAACACUUAAUGUGCUAAUCGAUUUGAUUAGUAUGUAUCGAUAAAUAAUAUCUAAGUCAUACAUCAAAACGAAUUAUUCGCGAUUCGUUAAUGUUAAUUAAUGACGCGCGAUGUUCUUCUUGUAUGAUCCUCUCAACGAAAUCGUGCGUUUUGAUAUGUUGCUGUGAUCAAAAGUGUUAUUUUUUUAUUCUUUUAUUUUUUAAACGCGCCAUAGAUGUUAAGGACAGUCAAACGCGAAAUAAAUCAAUUUCUUUUGGUCUACGAUAGGUCUUGGUUGCCUAUUGUUCGCCAAAUGUAUUACGGCUGAUUAAUAUUAGCUUUUAGUUAAGAAUUGAACACUGUAUGUAUUGUUGGUCCGCCAUCUUGUAAAUUCCACUAUUUAUGGGCCAGGGUCGAAGGUAUAACUACCAGUUGACUGUAAGGGCCCUUUUAAUAUUAAACAUUCGAUUAUCUUAAAUACCCUAAUUGAUAUUUGUCCAUAAAUAUCACUUAUUAUCAGUACGAUUUACUUCUAUAUGUAUAUAUAUAUUUUACAUUUUCUUAAAUGACACUUAAGUCAGUCAUUUGAAAACAAAUGAAACAAAAUUGUCUGCCCAACGUUUUUUCCCGCGCAAGUCAUAUGAAAUGACAUAAGUGGUGACAUCGUGCGAUAAAAGAGUAAACUGUAAAAUAAUAAAUGGGACUGCUGUGACAUUUAUCUCUUUAUGCACUGCCUCUCAUUAAAUAAUGGAGACAUUAAAAAAUGAUACACUGAAUGAUUCUACAUCCAUUGCAACCGAUCAUGCACACAACGCUGAAAUACUAAAUGUGGAUGAAUUGUCAAGACAAAAAGAAGAUGAACUUUUAUAUGGGACGACAGAAGACGGAGAGGAAGAAGAAGCAUUUUCUGAUGAUAGUUUACGUUUAAGACUUUCUGAUGACGAAGCUGAAGCAGAAGACAUUAUUCUACCAUCUACAAGUCCUAAGCUAUGUGAUGAAAAGACGAAAGAUAAGGAUAAGAAUAGUAGUAAUGAAGAAUCUAAUAAAAAACAACAAUCCCAUAAUGAAGUAGAUAAUAGUGAAAGGAAAAAUGUAAACACUGACAAUGAAGAAGAAGUGGAGGUUUGGAAGUCAAGUUGUUUAGGAGAAACAAAUAAUCUAGUUCUAAAUAGUAAUAAUAAUGAUAAAUCGACUGGGGAGAAAUGUAAUAAUGAAUCAAUUAAUAGUCCUACUAAAACGAAAAGUAAAACAGAAAAAUUAACGAAAACGAAAAGUAGGACUUGUAAUACUAGUAAAUACAAUUGUGAUGAUAACAAAUUAGCUGAUAAUUUAAGCAAUUCAAUUAGCAAAGAAAAAGAUAAAUCUUCUUUGAAAGAGAAAAAUGAAUAUGAAGAUAGCAAUCAAAUAAAGAUUGAAGAUCAAAACGAAGAAGCAGAUACUAGUAAAGAAAAUGAUCAAUGUCGAGAUGACAAACAAGAUUCAAUGCUAAAUAAGAAUGAGAAAAUACUGAGUAGCAAUUGUAAUACGGAUGUCUUUACUAAUAAGAAAGCAUUAAGUUCAACUUCGGACGAUUGUUCAACAAUUGAUGAACAUUCCGAGGAUAAAAAAAAAGUUAAUAAGACAGAAACAACUAUAGUAAGUAAACGCCAGGAAUUUAAUCAAGAGUCUUUUAAAAAUGAUCAAAAAGUUAGUAACGAUAAAUGUAAUAAAAAGGUAUUAGAUGACGAAAUCAAUUUAGAUCAAACUUCAAGUUCAUCCGAUAAUAAUAUUUUAAUAUUAAAGCAAAAUGAAAAAUCGAAUUUAUCAAAAAGCUUUGAAAACAAUGAUCAAUCAACGUCGGAAGCUUUAAAUGUGAACAAUGAUGAUAUUAACGAGCCUGCAAUUUCUGUUGGUGAAAGUUCUUUAACAAGUAUAGGCGCAUCAUCAGAACAGUCGGUUGAAAAAAAUAUAAAUGAUGAGAAUGAAGAAAAUAUCGUUGAAAUUUCGAAACCGCAACGAAAAAGAAGACGAUCGAGGAAGAUGACCAUCUUGGAACAAGAUACUAUUCAAGGAAAGCAUGAAGGACGACAGAAAAGAAAAACUGCUAAAAAUGCAGAAGAAAUAAUAAAAAAAAAGUUCUUGGCUCAGGAUAGCGAGAUAGAUUCUAGUGAUAAUUCUGAUAAAAAUAUAACUUUAAAUCAUAAAAUUAAUCAGGAUGUGCAACCUCUUUCUCCUUCUUCUUUAAAACGUCAUUCUACUGAGAUUGAUUUAUCUGUUAAUGGUAAUAUGAAAAAACUCAAAAGUUCUAAAGUUGAAGAUUUUACCAUAAAUAAAGAAGAAACAAAUGAUAUAGGAAGUCUUAAUUAUAUAAGUAAAUUAUUUAGAAGGAAUGCUAAGGAAAAACUACCUAAAUUAAAGCAAGAGGAAUUGGAAGAACUAUUAAUACAGAAAAUUGUAGAAACCAUAGCAAUGCGUGGUGAAAUUGGAAGAUUGAGAGAACAAGCGAAAAUAUCUGAAAAAAAUCAGGAAGCAACACGAACUAGGUGUCAACAAUUAGCAAAGCAAAUAAAGGAUUUUGAAAUGGUUUUAAAUCGUAAUGUGGCAGAUAGACGGGCAAAUAAUGAUAAACCAGUGAUACCGAUAAAGAUUAAUCGAUCUGUUGGAUUACAAGUUAACUUUAUUACGGAUCAUGGAAUACAAAGUUUAAGACAAUUACAACAAAAUCCUCCAGUAAAAUGUAUAAAUGUACCACCUACACUUACUCCUAUAGUCAAUGAAACAAAUUCACUGAAUCAAAAAAAAGGAAUAAAAGUAAGGUCUCCAAGAAAAAUUGAGAUACCCAUAGUCGCUCAACAACCUGUUACUAUAUCGCACAGUACAGUACAACCUCCUACAUUAAUUCCUGCUGUGACUCCAGCGGCUUUAGUUAUGACUAAACCUAUCGAAUCUCAACAUACUAUAAAUUUGCAAAAUCCAACCAAUAGUAUUCAACAAAUAUUACCAAAUCAACAACAGCCAUUAUCGCCACAAACUGUAGUGCUAAAUGGAAAAGUUCCGCAACAACAAACAAGUCGACAAAGUACAACAACGAAUGUUUCUAAAACAAAUACUAAUGAUCUCAUUGAUUUAACGGAUGAAGAGGAAAAAAAUAAAUCUACAGUAAACAUGCCAAAUGUGAUCAAAAACACAGAUAAUUUAGUAAAUAUUAAACCGAAGACAUCGAACAAUUUUCCUAGAGUAAUUCAAACAAUCCCUGCGAAUGUAGCUAUAUCUCAACCUAGCAUCAGGGUAGUUCAUACAGCAAGUCAUCCAACACCAACUGCUUUAGUAAACAAUAUGAAUGCACCUAGAUUAGCAUACGUAAUGCAAGGUGGAGUUGUUCCAGGAAGACAAUUAUUGAUAACAUCAAAUUCUAAUCAAAUAAGACCAGUAGUAAGUUCAUGUAACAGACCACCAUUUACAACAGUUGCAUAUAAAACUGGUAUUUCAACAAAUGCAAAUGGUACUGUACGCGUACUCACAACACCGGCUGGUCCUACAAAUAUACAAUCAAAAAGACACCCGGCACCUCUUCCAGACUCUCCUCACUAUAGCAUUAGUCCUCUUUCAAAAUUGCCUCCACCAGCUCCUUCUUUGAAAAUAUCCAAAGUUGCAAAUGGUAUAGUGUUAUCGUGGAAUAUGACACUUUCGGAUAAAUACGCAGAUAUAGUUAGUUACCAAUUGUAUGCUUAUCAAGAAGUCGCAGGUGUAUCUCCUAGUACGAAUCUUUGGAAAAAAGUUGGUGACGUUCGAGCUCUACCACUGCCUAUGGCUUGUACUCUUACUCAGUUUUCAGAAGGUAACAAUUAUUACUUUGCUGUCAGAGCAGUUGAUUCACAUUCCAGGAAAGGACAAUAUAGUAUACCUGGCAAUAUUUCAUUGUAAAAUAUCAAUUGAAAAAGAAAUUCAUAUGUACACAAUUUCUAUUCCUUAGAACGUAUUAAAUAUAAAAAACUACAUUUGUAUACAUAUAAAAACAUACACGAUCAUUCAUACAUACACAUACACAUACGAGAUAAAGACAAAUGCUUCACAGCUCCAAAUAUCAUAUAUAAUUAUAUUAUUAUCAAUUACUUUAAUAUCCUUGUCGUCUGUGCAACGAGUAAUUGAUAACUUGUAAUUAUAUCAACUAUAUAUUAAUUUUGUAAAAGAAUUCUCCUGUCAAAAAAUUAUUCUAGUCCAAAUAUAUUCCUAUUUAAUUAAUUAAUAAUACUCGUUCAAAAUGAUAACAACGGUAACUGGGUUUGUGGAGCAUUAAAAACAUGAAUAAAAAUAAAAUCAAUUGUGAAAACAGAGUGUUGAGAAAGAUAUUUGAUAAAAGUGUUCAAAAUAGGGCUUGUCAUUUUUUUAUUUCUUUUUAUAGACAAAGUUAUUUUUAAAAACUCAAUAAAUUUCUUUAAUUUAUAUAUACACAAUUUGUGUAAUCAUGUGAAUCUCAUAUUAACUAUUCUAUUAUAGAUAUUGAAUUAAAAAUAAAUCUUUAGUAGCGUAA